AGAAUGAGAGCAGAUGACAUGGUUGGGGAUUUCCCAAAACUGGAGGCAAAUAAAGCUGCCCCAAACAAGAAGCUUUGCACUCCCCUGGACCACUCUGUCCUUAAAAUCCAGUGUCCCAUUUGCAGUCCAGCAGCAGCAACAAGAGGAGGCAUCAUCUAUUGGCAGCUUCAGUGUGGGUGGUGGAGAGUUCCAAAGGACCACAGAGAUCUAUGACAGGAGGUGCUCUCCAAGAGAAGGAAUUUGCCAUCAGAUUAGCCAGCGGGAACUGCUAUGUCUUUGCUCCCCUUCCUCUUUGUAUUUGCCAAUUAUGUCAUACAAGCCUUUGCUUCAUGGAGUGUCACAUACCCCGAACAUUUGUGGAGCGUUAGAGAUUCCUGUGUCUUGAUCCCAUGCACCUUCAGUUACCCCAGUGAUGUAGCCGUUACAGGGAGCAUCACAGCCAUCUGGUACAAAGGCCCCACAAGCGAGCGUACUGUGGUUUACCAUUCGGCGACUCCAGACAGUGUCGAGGCCCAAUUUCGAGGCCGCACAAAACUGCUGGGUGACCCUCUUGCACAAAACUGCACCUUGGUCCUGAGAAAUGUGACAAAUGAAGAUAGUGGCAAGUACUACUUCCGGUUUGAAAUCAGCGAGGGGAACCGGUGGUCCGAUCAAAAAGGGGUUGAGUUGACCGUCACUGACACGCCCAACGUCCCCACCAUUGCCUCCCCAGAGGACCUGCAUGAAGGGGUGCCAGUGAGCUUCAACUGCUCCAGUCCAUAUGUCUGUCCCCACGACAGCAUCUCCCUGAGAUGGCUGGGCUAUGACAUGGAGACCUCGUUUGUGUCCGGGAUGGUCCAACUGGACACCACGGCGGGCCUCAGGAAGCAAACUCUGAGCACUUCAUUCUCCUGGAAGUACCACAACCGGCAGAUGAGCUGCGAGGUGUCUGUCGGGGAGCAAGCAAGAGCAGGGAAAAUCAAACUCAGUGUGAAACAUUCCCCCAAAGGCGUAAAAGUGUCCCUGAACCCGUCCACAAAGAACAUCAGAGUGGGCGAUGCUGUGUCUCUGACGUGCACUGUUCACAGCAGCUACCCAGACGUCACAGCCUACAGGUGGUUCAAAGACGGCGCCUCCUGUGGAAAUGAGGCAGUUAAAACCAUCCAGAGUGCUUCUCGUGAGGAUUACGGCCUGUACCGCUGUGAGGCAGAAAACUCUGUGGGCACUGGGGUAGCCGAAGGAGUAACACUCUAUGUUUUCUCUGCUGUGUUGUCAGUGAGCCCUUCUUCCAGUGUAAGGGAAGGUGAGAUGGCCACGUUGACCUGUGACGUCCCUGGAGAAGACAAGCAGGAGAUCCACUACAGCUGGUACAAGAACAACAUCUGGAUCAAGGAAGGCAAGGCCCGCAUCCUGGUCUUCCACGAGGUUGCGGUUGGAGACACUGGCUAUUACACAUGCAAAGUGCAGAAUGAUAAAGGGAGCGAGAUGUCCCAAGCCGUCAGCCUGAGCGUCUUCUAUCCUCCGAGGCCACCCUCACUCACCUUGUUCCAGGAGACGCAGAAAGGGCAGCUGGCCAUCAUUUACUGCACUGUUGAUAGCAACCCCCAGUCGUCUCUGAGCCUUUACCAAGACAAGCGACUCAUCGCAACCAGCAGCUCGCACUCAGCUCCCAGCCAGCGGAUCAGCGUAACCACCACCCGCAACUCCUUGAAGAUGGAGAUCCAGAAGGUAGUUCCAGAAGAUAAGGGUGAAUACCAAUGUGUGGCGACAAACAUGUAUGGGAACGCAACCACGGCGAGAUUCUUCGGUGCUCAGACUGCUCGGGUGGUAGCCAGCCCUUCCCAAGAGCUUCCUGAAGGUGAGCGUGUCACCCUGACCUGCAUAGCCACCUUGGGGCCAGGAGAUGGGACCACUUACAUGUGGUACAAGAAUGCCAAGUGGCUACAGGAGGAGAAGGAGAACUCCCUGGUCUUCUCAGCGGUGGCCAGUGGCGAUGCAGGGACAUACCACUGCGUGGCUCAGAACAAGAAAGGGAGCAACACUUCACCAGCCAUCAGUCUGCGCAUCUUCUAUCCCCCAAGGCAGCCUGUGGUGAGAUCCUUCUUAGAGACACAAGGGGGACAUCUUGGCAUCAUCCAGUGUACCGCUGACAGUGAACCCCCAUCUGAGAUAGCUCUGUUCAAGGGUGACAUCCUUGUUGGAUCCACCAACAUUGCCCACUCACCAGCUGACCCAAGAGUGAGUGUGAUUUCAUCAUACAACACACUGAAGGUGAACAUCAAGGACGUGACUGUGGAGGAUGAAGGAGAGUAUGUCUGUUCAGCUCAAAACUGCUAUGGGGAAUCAACCGUCUCCAUGGACUUUACAGCUGAAACUGCAAGAAUCGUCAUCAAACCAUCCACAGAGGUAUGUGAAGGCAAGACGGUCCAUCUGUCCUGUGAAGUCAGCAGCAGUGACUCAACCUCAAGCAACUACACUUGGUAUAGAGAUGGUCUCCAGCUCCUAGAGGCCCACGGGGUUUCCCUGGAGUUCCAGCAAGUGACCAGAAGUGAUUCUGGUGUAUAUUACUGCCGAGUGGAGAAUCAGAAAGCCAGCAAGAGCUCCACAUUCAUCACCCUCUCUGUGUUGUAUCCUCCUGGGAGGCCUCGGGUGGCCGUCUUUGCGGAGACAGAGAGAGGGAGGGUGGCCAUCUUCCAGUGUUCGGUGGACAGCAACCCUCCAUCCAAACUGGUCCUAUAUAAAGGAGGUGAAAUUGUGGCCUCCAGCAGCUCAGAGGGCAGCGUAGCCCCGCAGAGGGUCAGCAUCACAGCUGCCCACAAUGCCAUGCGAGUGGAGAUGAGAGAGAUUGUGCCGGCGGACCAAGGCAGCUACAACGUCACAGCCACCAACACGUAUGGCUCUUCCUCCAGAUUGCUGUACUUCCAUGUGCAAACUGCCCGAGUACUGGUCACACCAUCCCCAGAGUUGCUUGAAGGAAAUAAAGUCACCCUCACCUGUGAUGUGAUGGGAAGUGCUCCGGAUGACUCCACCUUCUCCUGGUACAAAAACAGCAAGCGCAUUCCAGAGAGCAACACCAGCAUGCUCACCUUCCUACGAGUAACCAGUAGGGAUGCUGGCUCCUACCACUGCAAGGCCCACACUCCAGAUGAGGCCAGCUUCAGUGUCUCCCCAUCUGUCAGCAUAACUGUCUUUUACCCCCCUCAGGAACCUCAGGUGACCUCCUUCCUUCAAACAGAGGGCAGACAAGUGGCCAUCAUCCACUGCACGGCUGAGAGUGAACCACAAUCCCAAAUGGCCAUUUCCAAGGGCGGCAAGCUCCUGGCCUCCACCGCCGGCUCCAGCAGAACCCGUCAUCCACGGGUCGGCAUGUCCGCCUCGUACAACAGCUUGAGAGUUGAGAUCUUGGAUGUGGUUAUGGAGGAUGAAGGAGAGUACCUGUGCUCUGCUGCCAACGCUUAUGGCAAUGCAAGCUCCUCGGUGAAGCUCAUUGCGGAGACUGCAAGGAUCUGGAUUUCUCCUCCGGAUGUUCUCGAAGGGAACACGGUGAACCUUACCUGUGCGGUUGCCAGUGAUGCAGCCGGCGAGCCGCACUAUACCUGGUACAAGAACAGCAGGUGGUACGCAGAAGGCCCGUCCAAGAUGCUGGCACUUCCCCACGCCACCGUUGCUGAUUCUGGAUCCUACUACUGCACAGUGAAGAAUGGGGAAAGGGUCCGGAACUCCUCCUUGGGCACUCUGAAUGUCCUCUAUCCUCCCAGGGAUGCUUGGGUGAAGUCAUUCUUGGAGACGAAGAAGGGGAUGGUGGCCAUCAUUGUGUGCACUGUGGACAGCAACCCCCCCUCCACACUCUUGCUCCACCGAGGCAACAAAGUCCUUGCGGGCAGCUCCUUCCCAGCCAGCGGGGCACCAGACCGUAAGCUGAGCGCUGCGUCCUCUCCCAACUCCUUGAGACUUGAGAUCACGGACGUUGGCCUGGACGACGAAGGGAUGUACGAGUGCUCGGCUAGUAAUGCCAUCGGCGAGAGUGUUGCCUCCUUAGCCUUCACUGUGGAGACUACAAGGGUUGUGAUCAAGCCAGUCGCGGAUGUGCACGAGGGGAGUCGUGUCUCCCUCACCUGCGAAGACAAAAGCUCCCCAUCAGGUGCUGUUUACACCUGGUACAAGAACACAAGGUGGCUCUCUGAGGGCUCCGCCCCCUCCCUCGUCUUCCAGGCAGUGGCCAGCAGCAACAUGGGCUCCUAUUCCUGCCAAGUUCAGAAUGAGAGGGGUAUCAGGAAGUCUCUACCUGCCGCUCUGCGUGUGCUCUAUGCUCCAAAGAAGCCUUCCUUGAUGUCCUUCCUGGAGACUCACUCUGGGAGCCAGGCCAUCAUACAGUGCACUGUUGAGAGCCACCCAUCAUCAGAAAUUACCCUGUAUAGAGAGAAUGUGGUUGUGGCUUCCAGCCGAAGUGACAACACGUUGCUUACCCAACGGCUCAACAUUUACUUGGCCCACAACUCCCUGAAAGUUGAAAUCAAGAAGAUUCUUUUGGAGGAUGAAGGACACUACCGAUGCCUAGCUAACAACACUUAUGGGACAUCCAUGGCUUCCGUGCACUUCAGUGUGGAAAGUGCAAGGGUCACGAUAGAGCCUUCUCCAGAUGUUCAGGAACGAGCCACAGCCAACUUGACCUGUGUGGUUGCCAGCCGGGCAGUGGGGGAGAUGAACUACACCUGGUACAAGAACAGCAAAUGGUUCCGGGAUGGCCCUGAGCAGUCCCUCUUCCUGGAGCAUGUGGUCAGAGACAAUGCCGGCUCAUACCACUGCCAGGCAAUGGGGAGGACGGGAACCGUGACCUCUGCCUUGGUCAUCCUGAAUGUGCUUUAUGCACCCAACAAUCCCUCCAUAAGUACCUACCUGGACAAUCAAAAUGGGAAGGUGGGCAUCAUUGACUGCAAAGUUGAUAGCCACCCACGUUCCACACUAGCCUUGUACAAAGGAGACCAACUUGUGGCUGACACCAACAGUUCCCAUUCUGCUGCUGGUCGGCGCUUCAGGGCGUUCCCCUCCUAUAACAGCCUGAGGCUGGAGAUUCUAGACCUGAUGGCAGAGGAUUCAGGGCGUUACAGGUGCCAUGCUGGCAACCAAUAUGGCAAGACAAAUGAUGCCAUUGACUUCACUGCAGAAACGCUCUCUGAUCUUCACUUGUUCCAGAUCCUGGCUGGGAUAUUCAUUGCUCUGGCUUGCGCAGCGCUUCUUUGUGCCUUGGUUCUUGGCGUGCAAACACAGUGGAUCCGGAUGAAUGAAGAGUGGAAAAAGUGGCGGCAGCAGAAAAGCAAGAAGGUAGAAUCAGCGGAGGUGGAAAACAAAGAAGAGACUGUUCAGCUGAAUGAACAAAGCCCAGAAACGCCUCCGUCUGGACGAUUCUGCCUCUCCUACAGAAAGCUUCACGCAAAGACCGAAACUCCCCCCAAGGAAGUGCCACCUGAGCAGAGCUGCACUAGUAUCUUGUGAACAAUGGGAAGAAAUCUGGGGGGAGCUACAACAGCCAGAGGACUCCGCCAAUUGUAGGGGACCAAGAUGGUCAGCUGAAGGCUGUCAUUCUGGAAACAGAGUUAAUCACACCCCCAAGGGGCUGUGCCCUCCUUAUCUCUCUAUUUUUCAUUGAGCCAGCAUGAACGCUUCCACUCACUGAAACUUUCAGCUUCAGAUUUGGAUUUCAGAUUGUAUCACAGUUCAUUUUUGAAGUUGGACUGGAGCCAGUAAAAAAAACAGAAAACAAGACCUAGCCUUUCACCACAAGCUUUCACCACAGAAUUCCCUCCUGACGACCUCCCCAUCAGCCUCCCUCCCAGCCGGCCAGAGUUGGGCAUGCAUGCAGGGCUGUGCGUUACAUGACAGACUGGAUCAUCCCCUCACUCUUGCCGAUAAACUUUUAGGCAACCACAUGAGGCAACGACUUUCCCAAUUCAAUUGUUGUACUCGUCAGCCAAAGACAUCUGGCUCAUCACCACCUUGUGCUCCCAAACUGCAUCUCCUCUGGCAGCGGCACCAUCAUGUAGACACAGUCAACUUAUUCAGCACCAGCAUCACUGCCGCAACUGUCCAUUCCAUCAAUACGGUCAUAUGUCUAAUAGAUAACAUCACCCAUAGAAUCAUAGAAGAGUAGAGUUGAAAGGGGCUUAUAAGGCUAUCUAGUCCAACCCCCUGCUCAGUGCAGGGUUCUAAGUUCAGACAUACCCAACAGGUGCCUGUCCAGCUGCCUCUUGAAUGCCUCCUGUGUUGGAGAGCCCACCACCUCCCUAGGUCAUUGGUUCUGUCGUUGUACUGCUCCAACAGUUAGGAAGUUUUUCCUGGUCCACACCUUCAUCUGUAACAUUCUCUAUGGCAGGGAUGGGGAACCUUGGGCCUGGGGGCCAAAUGCAGCCCUGCAAGCCUCUGUGUCUGGUCCUUGAGACUUUCUACAAGCCAUGCCCUCUCACUAGGCCUGGGGCUGGAGCUAUGAUAAUGCCUCUUGCUUGGCUGGAUGAAAGAUAGAGCAGUGUGUGUUUGUGUGUAGAAAUAUCUGGUUUUGUAUGGCUAGAAUGCAGCAAAUUGUACAAAGGUUAGAGAUGCAGCCAUUGUUCUGCUUACACUUUUUGCUUUUGCCCCACCCACCACUGGCAUGUGGCCCCUGGAAGGUUGCCCAUGAGGCAAUCUGGCCCUCAGACUGAAAAAAGCUCCCCACCCCAGUUCUAUGUCAACACCAUCCCUGCCCUCACUGCCACCUGCCGCAUCCCCUCUGCUCAAUCCAUAAUCAGUAUCUCAAAUAGUAUUUGUUCAGCUAUCCUGAUCUUCAACAUGCCCUCCAUCCUACCGUAUAACUUCACCGUAAUGGUUGCAAUUAUCUCCUUCAUCGGCAUCUUCAAGAAACCAGUGCUGUAGUUUUCACUUCUCCAAGCAGUCAGAUCUGUUGAUGCAACAGUCCUCUGAUUCUCUGCCAAACACUGUAUGUUACACAGAAUAAACUAAUGGAAACAAA